AUGUCUCGGCUUCGUCCGAAGCUGGUUUUCUCUGGCUUCACCAAGGCCGAGUCCGAGAAGAUGGAGAAGUUGCUGGAUGAUUCGGUCCAACCUCUCAACACAAAGUUCUUUAAAAAUCUUGCUAGAGGUUUCAACCAAUCUUCUGGCCGUGCGGGUAAACCAGUUGUGAAAUGGACCGAGGUAGAGAGUUGGUUCCGGAAGAGGCAACAAGGCAUCACACCACCACUUUGCUCCGAAACUGGUGCUUCGAAAGAUGGUUCAAUGUUGCCAGGGCCUAGUCCUGCGAAUGAGUCUAAUGGUACCUCCAAAAAGGAUACAGGAAAUAUGCAAGACCGGUCGACCAUACAAUUUGAAGCAAAGUCAUCAAAAGAUGGUGCUUGGUAUGAUGUUGAAUUGUUCCUUUGCAACAGAAAACUACCAUCAGGAGACCUUGAAGUUCGUGUCAGAUUUGAAGGAUUUGGGGCAGAGGAGGACGAAUGGGUAAAUGUAAGAGAGGCAGUCAGACAACGGUCUGUUCCCGUGGAUCCUUCAGAAUGUCAUUCAGUGAAUGUUGGGGACGUAGUAUGCUGCUUUCAGGAGAGGAAAGAUUAUGCGAUGUAUUACGAUGCUCAUGUGAUCGAAAUUCAGAGGAAACUGCAUGAUAUAAGGGGCUGCAGGUGCAUUUUCAAGAUACGGUACAAUCAUGACAACGUGGAGGAAAGAGUUCGUCUUAGAAGACUCUGUUAUCGCCCAACACCUUGA